GCAGGAUAAGAUUUGUUGGCAGAAAAGUGCAAACAGGAGACGAGAUCUACGAGAAAAAUAUUCUAAUAUUCCAGGAGCCAUGUUUCAUCUUUUGCUGCUCUUUGGGUUUUUCAGCCUCAGCGUCUGUCUCCCUCGUCAAUAUCACUUCAUUAAUGAGAAGAAGACCUGGGCUGAAGCACAGAGAUACUGCAGAGAGAAUUAUGAUGAUUUAGCCAUUAUUAAUAACACUAUAGAGGAAUGGGCCCUUACUAACGUAAUAAACAUAUGGAACAGUGGCCAAACCUGGAUUGGACUGUAUGAUGAUUUGAACAGCUGGAAAUGGUCUCUGGAUGAUGAUUCUUUUUAUAAGGAAGGAGAGAGAAGCUUUAGAAACUGGUACAUACAGAAACCAAGGAACUGGAAUGGAGACAGUUUGUGUGUAGGUUAUUCUGGAGUAUGGUAUGAGGCCUCUUGUUCUUCGACACGUACCUUCCUUUGCUUUGAUGGUAGGGUAAAUGCCAGUGAAAGAUAUGUCAUGGUUUCUCAGAGACUGAACUGGACUGAAGCUCAGAGCUACUGCAGAGAGCAUUACACAGACCUGGCCAGUGUGAGGAACGACACAGAGAACCAGAAAAUCGGAUCAUUGUUUUUUAAUAAUUAUAAUAAUAAUGAUUAUUAUUAUAAAUAUAAUUCUCAUUAUAUUCCGGUAUGGAUUGGCCUGUACAGAACCAGGUCUUGGUCAGAUAAAAGCAACUCUUCAUUCAGCAACUGGAAACCUGGACAACCAGAUAAUUAUGCACAGAAUGAAUCCUGUACUGCCGUGUCAUUUAAUGAUUCUGGGAAAUGGACAGAUGAAAACUGCGGUCGAGCUUUUCCAUUCCUCUGUUACACCACAAUGUCAUCAAAAUCAUCAAAAUCCUGCACAGGAUCCUCAUGUUCCCUCCAUCAGUAUCACUUUAUUAAUGAGAAUAUGACCUGGAAUGAAGCACAGAGAUACUGCCGAGAGAAUUACACUGACCUGGCCACCUUUGAUAACAUGGAGGAAAUGAACACACUCCUUAACACAGUAAAUGGCAGCUACUCAGGUUUAGCCUGGAUUGGACUGUAUGAUGAUCUGGACAGCUGGAGAUGGUCUCUGGAUGAUGAUGCUUUCUACCAGGAGGGAGAGAGAGACUUCAGAGGGUGGGUCCAGCAACCUGAUAACUACUAUGGACAAGAACUGUGUGUUUCCAUGAAUCCAACAGGGGAAUGGUUUGACAUGCCUUGUACUGACAGAAAGGCUUUUGUUUGCUAUAAUGGUACAAAUAAUACAUAUGUGUGGAUUUAUAACGCAAUGACUUGGGAAGAAGCUCAGAGCCUCUGCAGAGCAAAUCACACAGACCUGGCUAGUGUGAGGAAUGAGACUGAACUUCAGCAGAUACUGAGCAUCAUGAACGGCCACGAGGUAUGGAUAGGUCUGUAUAGGAACCGAUUAUGGUCAGAUCAGAGAAACUCGACUUUUACAUAUCGGAAACGAAUGAUAAUUGAAUAUUUUGGCGAGACGGAGCGUUCAAUUACACAACACCGAAAUCAACGCUGCACAGCUGUACAUCUUUCUGGUGACUGGACAAAUGAAAACUGUUUUGUCAGUUUCCCUUUCAUCUGCUACACUGCAGCAUUCAUUCCAGGUGCUGUGAUGGGACUGCAAGUGAAAGUCAAAGCUAAUGCAAAUCCCUCGUAUUCUGAGAUUAAACGACUGGUGUUGAUGAAACUUGAAGAAGAAGUGCGCAGACUGGGACUUUCAAGGAACGUCACUUUGAACGUGAGAAAUAAGCUUGGUCCAGCCAAGGAGAUUGUGGAGGACAAGUCUGAAGGACAUUUCUAAGUAAUGUACAGAAAGGUACCUGAAAAAAGAAGAAGCAAGACUAUGGCACAUACGAUGGCACACGAACAGGAUAACAACAAAAAUUUGACAAUCAGAUGCUGAAGCACAGGACCUUACAAAUUGGUGCUAAUCAGGGUGAAACAAGACACAGGUGCAAGUGAUAGAAAACAUAACAUGUGCUGGGACUGAUGGGAAGUGUAGUUCAGUGCCCCUUUUGCGCUAUCAUGACAGGUCCAUGAAGAACAAAGUCUACAUUCAUCUCUGUUGAAACAUAAAUACUGUUAUUUAAAAUGCUACAUUACAAAUAAGCUAAGUGAAUUAAGGAUUUGUUAAAUAAACAAACUGAAUUUUACCAUAACAAAAAUAUUUACAGCUUGCAAAAUCCUUGAAAUGCCUCCUGGCUUUGACUAUAAAAAUAGCAAAUCACUGUUAUUACACUAAGUUGUGAACGAGCAUAAUUUUCUAAGGUGUAAUGCAAGCAACAGUAAAAAUUUUAAUGGUUAAACACACUGACGAGCUCCACUUCUCUUUAAACUUGCAUUUUUCAUGAUUGUUGUCACAUGCUGCAUCUCAAACUGUAAACUCUGACAUUACAUUCAAAAGUAUUUACUAAUUUAGAGCAGGGGUUCCCAAACUUUCCCAGGGCAAGGCCCCCCAAAUGGCAUUAACAUUUGACCGAGGCCCCCCUUUUGCAAGAUGUCUUUAAAACACAUUAAAAAUACAGACUUCUGAAUAAAUCCCCCCCCCCUUUUUUUUAUUAAUAAUUAUAUCUUACAUCUUUACAUUACAUUACAUUAGGAAUUGAUUGUGUGUGUGUGUGGUUGUCUGAGAGUGAAAAUUUAUUUUUCACACCAAAUUGUUGAGGCCCCCUGGGCGCCCCCUGGCGGUCCCCACUUUGAAAAACACUGAUCUAGACAGUGCAGAAGACUACUACAUAAAACAGACCUUUCAGACCUUAAGGUUACAUGAGAGUUUUUUUUUACAUUCAAACAUUAACUGUAAUAGAAAAAAAACACUAAAUAAUAUUCUAGAAUAGUACUUAAGUAUGUGAGUUGAGACACAGAAGUAGUUUGUUGAGUAGUGGUAGACGGGUAGAGAAAUUAUAUUGCUAAACGUCACUACUGCACAUUUCAGAAUAGUGAAAAAAUACUACAAUAACACGUACCCUAAUCAUUUAACGCAGCUUGUCUGAAUGUGCCUUCUAGUAACAUUUCACAAUAUUAGCAACCAAAACCAAUCUUUGAUAUUUCUAACAUUAAGCUGUAAAAUAAACGAUUGAAACAAAAGAAGAGCUUGUGAGUUUCUCCCCAUUUGUAAAUCAAAUGACCCCUACUUUUGGAACCACUGGUGUAAUAUUUUAUUUGUUGGAUAGGAAUGAAAUGUAUGCUGUUUAUUAAUUAUAUUUCCUCAAAUGAAUUUCAACAAUUAGAACACUGUACAUAUUUAUGUUUGUUGUCAUUUAUAGAAACUUUUGAUGUGUUGUAUUUUCUGAUUUGCAAUAAUCAUAUAUUCAACAUUACCUACUACCUACUUGUGUUAAGGGAUGCUAUCUGACUUAUUUAGUAAUUCUUUUCUGUAUUUGUAGUUAAGAUUGUGUCGAUUAAAGCCCACUCUGAUUACACUGAA